AUGUCGUUGCAGCCCCAGUUCUCCGAGCGCCCUCCCCGAGACGUAAACGGCCCAGCCUCCGCUCCCUACUGGGAAGAGCCCGCUUCAUCGCCAUACUGGGACGCCCCCGAGUUGGCCGAGCACCUCGCCGGCCAAUCGGUUCACGGCCCUGAACCCGACGCCUCGCCCGCCAUUUUGCAGGGACUCAACGAAGCGCAGCAGCAGGCCGUCCUCUCCACCGAAGGGCCGUUGCUCAUCAUCGCCGGCCCCGGUUCCGGCAAAACGCGCGUCAUCACCCACCGCAUCGCCUACCUGGUUGAGGAAUGCGGCGUCAACCCGUGGCAAAUCCUGGCCGUAACCUUCACCAACAAGGCCGCCCGAGAAAUGCGGAACCGCCUCGAUCGACUUCUGCUCAGUCGCAGCGAAGCCGUGACGAUGGGCACUUUCCACGCGGUCUGCUCCCGCAUCCUGCGUCGCCACGGCGACCGGAUCGGACUCAAUCCCAAUUUCACCAUCUACGAUCAGGACGACCAGAUCGACGCCAUCAAGUCGUCCAUGCAGCUGGCCGACGUUGACACCAAGCGCUUCCCUCCCCGCGCCAUGCUGUCCCGCAUCUCGGCAGCCAAGAGCACACUCCAGGAAUCCAGACAAAUGCGGGAAUCCGCCUACGCUGCCGAGGACGAAUACGGCGCGAACUGGAUCGAAACCUGCUCCCGCGUUUAUCACUACUACGAAGAAGCCCUCUCCCGUCAGAACGCUCUCGAUUUCGACGAUCUCCUGAUGCGCACCGCCAGCUUGCUCAAAAAUGUUCCCGAAGUGCGGGCCCAGUACCACGAACGGUACCGCUACCUGCUGAUCGACGAGUUCCAGGACACCAACAUCGCCCAGUACCAGUUAGCCCGUCUGCUCACCGGCACUCACCAGAACCUCUGCGUUGUGGGCGAUCCCGACCAGAGCAUCUAUUCCUGGCGCAACGCCGAUAUCCGCAACAUCCUCAGCUUCCAGUCCGACUACCCCGAUGCCACCGUCAUCAGUCUGGGCGAGAAUUACCGCUCCACCAAAAACAUCCUGCAGGCCGCCUCCAGCGUCAUCGCCGCCAAUACCGAGCGGAUCGAACGCCCCCUCUUCACCGGCAACCCAGCCGGCCGACCCAUCACCCUCCACGAAGCCUACAGCGCCGAUGAUGAGGCAGCGUGGGCAGUGGACGAAGUAACCCGUCUCACCAAAACAGGGGAGGUCAGAGCCGGCGAUUGUGCCAUCAUGUACCGCAUCAACGCCCAGAGCCGCGCCUUCGAAGACCAGUGUAUGCGCCAGGGAAUGCCCUAUCGGCUCGUCGGCGGCGUUCGUUUCUAUCACCGCAAGGAAAUCAAGGACGCGGUUUCCUAUCUUCGGGUGAUCUACAACCCCGACGAUGAAGUCAGCCUGCGACGCGUGAUCAACAACCCUCCCCGCGGCAUUGGCGCCAAAACGGCGCAGCUGCUUACCCGUUUCUCCACCGACCGGGGAAACACCAUGCUGGCGGCCAUGCAGCAGAUCGCCGAUGCCCGAACCGAACAGCUGCCCUGCCCCAUCAGCGUUACCGCCCGGGCGGCCAAAUCCAUCGCCGAUCUUGCCAUCACGUUCCAGCGACUCCGCGACGCAUCCCGCGAGCUUGCGGUGGCCGACCUCCUGGAUCGGGUGCUGGACAUGUCCGGCCUCGCCCGUCACAUCCAGGCCGAUGAGAACAGCGAAGAUCGCUGGGACAACGUCCAGGAGCUGCGGGCGCUUGCCGAGGAAUAUGGCCCCUCCCCACAGGCCGACGGCCUCGGCGCAUUCCUGGAACGGGUUUCGCUGGUCUCCGACGUCGACAGCUAUGAACAGACCGACGACGCCCUGACCCUCAUCACGCUCCACCAGGCCAAGGGUCUGGAAUUCCCGGUCGUGAUGAUUGCCGGCAUGGAGGAGGGGUUGUUGCCCCACAGCCGCUCCCUGGAUACGAUUCGCGAGAUCGAAGAAGAGCGACGCCUGUGCUAUGUGGGAAUGACCCGGGCCAUGCAGCGUCUUUACCUGCUGCGAGCCUUCAGCCGUCCCUUCCCGUCGUCCGGUGGCAUACCGUCGCGCUUCCUCCAGGACGUGCCCGAGGAGUUGCUGGCGUCGCCGGCCCUGGAACGACCCCCCGGCACGCGCGCCGACACUCACCCACUCAAUCCCUCGCGCCCCAGCCGCAACGAAGAUGCCGUGAUCGGCGGUUCCUGGGCCACUUCCCGCCGCGAGUCCCGCACCCGCCGGGGCGAGGCCGGCGAAGGAACCACCGGCGGCGCCACCCGUGGCCAUCUGCGCGGCGACAUCGAUGAAAAACUCACCGAAUGGGUCUCCAGCCGCCCCCCGCGAGCCCCCCAGCCCGAGCGCAUCCCCCUCACCGUCGGCGAAAUCGUGCGCCAUUCGGUAUUCGGCGAAGGCGUGGUUCAGGACGUGCAGGGCGUCGGCGACGACGAGCAGGUCACCGUGAAUUUCAGCAGCGCCGGACUGAAGCGCCUGCUGGUUUCGUUGGCCCGCCUGGAACGCGGUUGA